GUCAGUACGGUGUUGGGCGUGGUUCGCAUAGGAAUGAAUACUACAGCAACCGAUGCGAUAUUUUUCAUUAAAUUUUUUUUUACAACUAACCCUAUUAUAUUGUAAUAUUAGCUUUUAAACAUAAUAACUUUUUAUUUGUACACAUUAUUUACCUACCAGCGCUUUAUGUCUGUGCGUUAUUUUAUUUAGAUAAAUCAUCCAACAUUUUUACCCAUUGUUUUUCGAAUCGUUGGUUUCGCGAUAUCAUUACGACGAUGUUGAAAGGGGUGUUGUGCGCUAACGGUGCGUUUCUAGUACACGCGAGAUAAGGUCCUUAAUCUUAGUGAUCGUAUAAAUAUUUUUACCACGAUGUCUAGCAAUCGUUAAUGAAACACGCAAUCGGGAUAUUUACGUCCUACCGCUUAACUUGACGGAUACAUCCAUGUCUUGACCUUAAAUAUUUGAUUUAUCUUGAGCAUUUGUGUCGGUCGAGACCGGAGGCCCUAGCCGUGCACAAUGAAUGAACUGGACUCACUAAGGCAAGAGGCUGAAACGCUGAAAAAUGCCAUACGAGAUGCAAGAAAAGCAGCAUGCGACACAAGUCUGUCGCAAGCGACCACCAGCAUGGAACCGGUCGGCCGGAUACAAAUGCGAACGAGACGUACCCUACGUGGACAUCUUGCCAAAAUAUAUGCCAUGCAUUGGGGCUCUGACUCCAGAAAUCUAGUAUCAGCCUCACAAGAUGGAAAGCUUAUCGUAUGGGACAGCUAUACGACAAACAAGGUACACGCCAUACCACUUAGGUCUAGCUGGGUGAUGACGUGUGCAUAUGCCCCAUCAGGCAGUUUCGUUGCUUGUGGUGGCUUAGACAACAUAUGUUCAAUUUAUAGUUUAAAAACAAGAGAAGGUAAUGUAAGAGUUAGCCGAGAACUGCCAGGGCACACAGGUUAUUUAUCAUGUUGUAGAUUCCUUGAUGAUAACCAAAUUGUCACCAGUUCAGGAGAUAUGUCAUGUGCAUUAUGGGAUAUUGAAACUGGCCAACAGUGUUCAUCAUUCAUUGGACAUACUGGCGAUGUUAUGUCUCUGUCAAUGUCACCUGAUAUGCGAACAUUUGUAUCAGGAGCUUGUGACGCUUCAGCAAAAUUAUGGGAUGUUCGAGAUGGAACCUGCAAACAAACGUUCCCAGGACAUGAAUCUGAUAUCAACGCUGUCACGUUUUUCCCGAAUGGCUAUGCCUUUGCUACUGGCUCAGAUGAUGCUACCUGUCGUUUAUUUGAUAUCAGGUCUGACCAAGAAUUAGCCAUGUACUCACACGACAACAUAAUAUGUGGCAUAACAUCUGUAUCAUUUUCAAAAUCUGGACGUCUACUAUUGGCAGGUUAUGAUGAUUUUAACUGCAAUGUUUGGGACUCAAUGAAAGCUGAACGUGCCGGUAUAUUGGCUGGUCAUGACAACCGAGUCAGUUGCCUGGGAGUAACUGAAGAUGGCAUGGCUGUUGCUACCGGUUCUUGGGAUAGCUUUUUACGUAUUUGGAACUGAGUUGGCCUUUUGAUGAGACCUAUGAAGUCAACGCCAAACGGUCCCUGAAUUACAAAAAAAAACCCAAAAACAGCUAAAUAAAUAAAUAAAUAAAAAUACAACAAAAAAACCAAAUAAAGUAAAAAACAGUUCAAACAUUUUUUUCUUAACGGGGGACCACUCACGCGAAAUGAAAUGUUUUGUUUUUAUCACUAUAAGUAAUCUCUAAGUUGCAUUAUUCAAAAUCCAAUACCACCCGACUUGAAGGUCUUCCGUUUCGCGCAUUUUGGGACAAGUGUCCGCGGCUGUUUAGGUGCUCAAAAAAACAAAACCGUGGCAACACAAACUAUCUAUGGAAACGUAGUGUUAACAAUUAUAUUUUACAACAUAUAAUAUACAGAUGUGUAUAUAUAUAUAUACAUAUAUAUACAUACAUACAAACUAAAAUAAUUAUGAAUAUUUAUAUCUAAGUCAUAUAACUAGAAUAGAUCAGUAUUUAAAGUUAUAAAACGCUAAAAAAAAAUUAUAUUCCUAAAAAGUUUUUUUAACGAGUGUUCAUAUUAAAAAUAAUUUUUAAAACAACAAAAAACAACUUUAUAUACUUUUCUGUGUAAAUACUAGUAAAUUAAAUCUUGUGUAUAAUAUUAAAAUUUAGUUCUUAGAGUUAAAAUAUAUAAUCAGAACUGUGUGCAUUUUUCAAAUAAAUCUGAACUAUAUAUUAUUUUCACCGAGAAGUUUUAGAUUUUACACCGAUGUUGGUUUUUAAAAUAUACAGACGUUAUUUUACGAUAAGAAGUUGAUCUAUUUCAGUUUGUUCUCAAUGCAAAGGUCAUUUGUUUCUCUUUGCUGAUACCCAUUUAUAUUUAAUUAUUACACUUAAUAUGUAUACAUUUACAAGUGAAAUAUUUUGGGUUGAACAUUGAGGUCAACUUUCUAAAAUAUUUAGAAUCGUCUUAAAAUUUUGUAACACCACGGACGGCCUUCAUGAGGGUUGUGCUCUGAUCAUACACAUCUUUGGUUUUUAUUAUAAACAAUAUUCUUUUAAUAUAUAUUUUACUUUUAAAUUUUUUUUUUUACAUUCUAACGCACACAUACACAUUUUUAUAUUACAUAACCAGUUUUUUAAAAAGCAUUUAUACCUAUUAAAAUAUACGUGUGAGUUAUUUGUGUUGUUUUUAAACUGUCAAGCAUUCAUUGAAUAGUUAAUUUUAAUUAAUAUUAAUUUUAUUGUUACUUUGUAAACAAAACCAUUACGUUAGCCUUAUGAAUCUGAUAAAACCAUAAGUUUUGCCACUAUAUUAUAUCUAAUGGUGGUCAUUAUUUUGUAUUAUUAUUAUUAUUAUUAUUUAAUUACUUAAUUCUUUAAAUGUCCACGAAUUACUAAAAUAAAUUUUUGAUUCCCUAAAUGGAUUUACCUACACCAUUGAAUAUCCUGCAACUCUUACUGAUUAUAAUGGUGGUGGUGAUAUUUUCAGUUUCUUUAUAAUUUUAUACGGUAUAGCUAACACUCAGUAUGCAUAUUUAUGGCGAAUUACACAUAACAUUUAAUAUUUGCAUUUUCCUAUAAAUCUGAUAAUUUAAUUGUUAAUGUAUCAAUACAAGGCAGAAUGUUAAUUGACUUACCUAGAUCUUUCUUGGAUGUGUUGUAAUUUAUGUUUAUAAGAAUGUCUUAUUUCAAUUUAUCUAAUCUUCAUAUUAUACAUGUGUUUUUGGGUUAAUUAAACAUGGAGUAAGACUUUUUUAUAUACAUUAGCUGUAUACUAUACCAUGUGUUGUGUUCUAAUAUGUUAGCUAUCUGAUACAGACAUUUAUCUUAAUACCUAAAGAACUAUUGACAUAGAAACCUUUUUUAGUUUUAUGAUUUAAUAUUUUUAUAAAUAUAUAUUUUUUCCUAAAAGACUAAUUAUUUCUAUUAAAAAUAAAAAUCAUUGAAUAUAAUAUUUAAAUUCAAUGAACAUUGUCAACAACCACAUGGUUAAAUGUUAGUAAAUACAUUUUUUUUUCAACUUGAAUGAUCAGCUGUAUAAUUUAUGAACAUACAAAAUAUAAAAUUAAUUAAAAGUAUUAAUUUUACUUUUAGUUACAUAAGAAUAAACAAAAAAAAAUUGUAUAUUUAUAUGCAUGUAUGUAAUAUAUUUAUACAUACAUAUAUAUAUAUAUAUAGAUUUAUUAAUAAUAAUACUAAUAGUAUGUACAAAAUAUCAAAUUUAUAAUUACAUUUUUUUGCUUAACCAAACAUCUUUGUAAACAUUUUAAUACAUUGAGUACUUAGAGAAUCUUAUCGAUUAUUGUAAUGAUUUUGUGUUCUACUUUCAUUUUGUUUUUGUUUUUGAGUGUGUGUUGCAGUCAUUUUUUGAAUUUUUUCUAUAGUACGUAUAUUUUAUAAUUAAAAAAAAUUAUCAAUAGGAUUACAUCUUACCAUCUAAUAUUAUUAUGUAAAUAUAAAAUAGAAAUUACAUAAUUUACAAUUAUAAUUAUAAUUUUUUUUUUCGGCAACGGUUUGAUGUCACACACUGUAUCAUAUAGGUACUUUUACUAUGGUUAUAAAUUAUAAUUAUAAAAUAUUACAACUUUAGGUCUUACGUAAAGAUAAGGUCUUAAAAUUAUCGUUGUUCGAUAACUAUUAAGGAAAUAAGGAAAAAAAUAUUAAAAAAUAUUGCAGUCAAAAGAAUAUCGCUGUUUUUGUCGAAUUUCUAAUCAUAUUAAUUAAUUAUAAGUUAAGUUAUCAUUAUUAAUUUUUAAUUUAUUGCCAAAAGGAAAAAACACUAAAAACCAAGUAGUUUAUAGUGUCUUGUAUUUUUUUUAUUUCCUUUUUUUUUAUCGCUAUUGCGUUUAUUUAUUUAUUUUUUAAAAUGUAAGUGUAAUAAGUUUGUCAUGGUAAAAAUAAAAUAAAUAUUUAACAUAUUCAAAUA